AUGACUAGUCAGGCGGCCUUCAACUUCAUUCCGAUGCUUACAGAAGCUCUAACUGUUACUUCUGCCCAAGAAACCACAGAGACAGUUAGCGGUCAUCCCCGGAUGGCAGCACUUGCGAUCAUAUUUGCCCUGCCUUGGUUUUCGCGCGUAUGGAUCAUCCAGAAGACAGUCCUGUCCAGAAGCCUUACAUCACGUUGGGGAAAACAAGAGUUUGCGUGGGAAGAAAUAUCGAAAUUAGUUUAUGUUCUGAGAGAAGAAAUAGCGCGAGAUAUCGGGUUCCGCAUUUUCGCUGGCCAGGGUCGAGAGAGCCAGGUCCCGAUCGAUCCAAGGGACAAAGUCUAUGCAUUAUUUGGAUUGAUGGGAGAGGAUGACAAAAACUUCAUCGAGCCGGACUACCAAAUCGAUCCCGCUAAGCUAUUUUGGAUUGUUGCACAGGCGAAUAUAUCGGAUAAUAUUUGA